UCGAAAAGAGCUUGGCUAGAGUGGCAAAGAAAAAGUUUUCUGAUGACCCUGAGGCUGGCAAGAAGUUUAUAUCAGACACCAUGUCUCGUAUCAGCACUAACACAAAUCCUAUUCCUGUUAUGAAAGAUACCGAUCUUGUUAUUGAAGCUAUUGUAGAAAAUCUUGGCAUCAAACAGAAACUGUUUGCAGAUCUCGAUGCAGCAGCACCACAGAAUGUGAUAUUUACCAGUAAUACAUCUUCUCUUCCUAUCAAAGAUAUUUCUUCUGCAACUAAAAGACAGGAUCGUUUUGGUGGGUUGCAUUUUUUUAAUCCUGUUCCACUGAUGAAACUUCUUGAGGUGGUAAGAACUGAUCAGACAUCAGAUGAAACCUUUCAAUCUUUGCUGGAUUUUGGUAAGGCCAUGAAGAAGACGACUGUGAAAUGUAAGGACACUCCUGGUUUUAUUGUCAACAGACUUUUGGUACCUUAUCUGUUAGAAGCAACUCGUUUGAUGGAGAGAGGUGAUGCAAGUCCCGAAGAUGUUGAUAUUGCCAUGAAACUUGGUGCUGGUUAUCCUAUGGGUCCUUUUGAAUUAUCAGAUUAUGUUGGUCUGGAUACUUGCAAAUUUAUUCUGGAUGGUUGGCAUGAAGCUUACCCUGAUAAUCAAUUAUUCCAACCAUGUGAAUUCUUGAACAAGCUGGUAGCUGAAGGUAAACUUGGACGUAAAACAGGAGAAGGAUAUUACAAAUAUAACUGAUAAUCAAUGCUCUUGAUUGUAGUCAGUUAUUAUUUUUACUUUCUUUAAAAAAUACAACUUUUUUUUACAUGACAUACUUUAAUAUUACUUUUAUAGUAAAAUAUUAAAAUCAAUAUUUUUUCUGAGUAAA